AUAUUUAAAUAUUUUAUAACGGUAUGCUUUCUGGUUCUAAUAAUAUGCUUCCUGGUCAUAACGGUAUGCUUCCUGGUUCUAAUGGUAUGCUUCCUGGUCUUUUGUUUGUUUUAGUUUUGAUUAUUUUUAUAAUACAGAUCUGGAAAUUUUACAAAAGAGAAGUUGUAAAAACCACCAAUGAACUAUGUGAAUCAUCUGAUUGCAUAAGAUGCUGUAAAAAUGUAUUUAUCAUUGAACAAGCACAAAGCAUCUUUCAAAAAACAUAUUCUAAAAAUAAAAAUCUCAAAAGAAUUGAAGCUGCAAUUUUUUCUUCAUUGACUAAAUCAAAAUAUGUCCUGUAUGUUGAGAAUUUAAAAGCAUGUAGUGUAUGGUCUAUUGAAGAUUUGCCAGAUUCCUAUAGAUCUGAUAUUAAAAAAUUAGAAGAAAAUGCAAUGUAUUUUUUGCAGGAAUAUUAUUUGUUAGAAGAUUCCAAUAACAAAUAUGUAUCUUCUCAAUGGUCCAAAAUUUUUUUAUAUAAUCAAGGUGUUCAAAAUUUAAAAAUGACAAACUUUUUUCAAAAAACUUCUUCCAUAUUAAAACAAUGCAAAAAUAUUCUUGAGGGUUGUUUUUUUGGUUAUUCUUUUUUUUCUAUUGUUUAUCCAAAUACAUUCAUAGCUGAACAUACAGGACCAACAAAUACUAGACUUCGUUGUCAGGUGGCAUUAUCUAUUCCUAAACUAGAGCUAGGUGAUAAAUGUGAACUUAUUGUAGCUGGAAAAAAAGUAGAAUGGGAAUCCGGCAAAGCAGCUUUGUUUGAUGACAGUUUUUUGCAUUCUGUGCAAUAUACUUCAAAAAGUAGACUAAAAAGUCGAAUCUUGUUAAUUGUUGAUUUUUGGCACCCAGAUCUUAAGCUUGAAGAAAGAUUGUGCAUACAAAAAUGUUAUAGUUAAAUGAAGUUCUUUUUUUGAAUUUUAUUUUUACUUAGUAUGAAUGGUUUGAGUUGA